AUGGCUUGGUUUCUUUUUGGUCAUUAUUAUGAUGAAGUAAAAGAAGGUCUUCCUGAUCCUCCGGACCUUAAAUUUUUCAGGCAGAACUCUCAUUAUUAUACUACUUCAGAUGCAAAUGUAGAUCGUUAUUCUCUCAUGACGUUUCGUAUCCUAAUUGGCUGCUGGAUCCUAAUCGCAUUUGUCUUGACAUCGGCAUACGUCGGCACAUUGCCAUCUUUCAUGGUUAAUCCUGGAACUGAAUCCAUUCCUCAGACAUUUCAAGAAUUGAUUCAGUCAGUAAAAGCGGGACGAUACAACAUCACUUUCUUCCAAGAGGGCGAUGAAUGUCGUUAUUUUGAUCGAUGUUUUUUAAACUACUUUAUCCAAAAAAGUGUAAUUAAAAAUGAUGUGAUCGAAAUCUUCAAUGAAAACGUUCAAAAUUGUGGGGAGACGGGUGAGAAACCAAUUCCAAAACUACUUAAUGGAACUCACGCCCUACUGGCAACAAAAGAAAGAAUUGAAUUGAGCCUGACCAAAUGGGAAAAAGAAAAGGUCUUCGUUUCAGAAGACAUACUUUUUACAAAAUUCCAGUUCAUACAAAUCAAUUUAGUGAGAGUGAAUUAUGCUGCCAAAGUCGCAAAAAAGGUAAAUCUUAUUGAACAAAGUGGAUUAUCUCAGAAAAUUUAUACAGACGUGCUUGAAGCAAAAAGAAGAAGCAACUUCCACAAUUAUAAGGCAAUUAAUACUAAUGAUGAAGAACCUCUGAAAAUCGAUGAUAUUAUGGGUUCGUCAUUACAGUUUGUGGAAGUGUUGAAUCACUCGUACGACAAAGAAUAUUUUCCUCUUAAUUUUAUAAUUGUGAAAUACUUGUUUUUGUAUCGUCCGGAUCAUAUUCAAACACUGCUAAGUGAUUCCCAAUGCAUUAACAAAUCCAUCGCAUAUAAAGGAUUUAAAGAUUGGAUUGGAGAUUCUGUUUUCAUGAGAAGUGACAAAGCUUAUAGAGAAAGGAAGAAAUUAUUGUUGCCCGCCUUUCGCCUAACAACAUUGCAUUCAUUUAUUCCAAUAAUCGAGAAGAAUGCCAGAAAAUUAGUUGAGGUUUUAAUGGAAAACGAGAAAGUUUUUAUAGUACCUGUUGUUAAAAUGUGCGGAUUUAAUAUUUUGUAUGAUACAAUUCUUGGAGUUAAAGAUAGUUCUAGGUUUAGAGAAAAAAGUUUUUACUAUGAGAAAUUAAUAAACGCAACAUUUAAGCCAGUACUUGAUAGAUCAAUUAACCUUCUGAUGUCGUUCGACUUCUUAUUUUAUUUGACAUUAAAAGGAAGAGAGUUUAAAUCAAACAAGAAAACUUUAAGGAUACUAACAAAAGAGCGCAAUAGUAAAGUUAUUAAAAUGCCGAUUAUAAAUCAAAAAUUGCUGUUAAAAACAUUUAAGCCAGUACUUGAUAGAUCAAUUAACUUUCUGAUGUCGUUCGACUUUUUAUUUUAUUUAACAUUAAAAGGAAGAGAGUUUAAAUCAAACAAGAAAACUUUAAGGAUAUUAACAAAAGAGAUAAUUGCUGAAAAAAUCAAAUUACGUGAAGACGAACGAAACAAUAUCAAAAAUAAUGAAAAUCCAAAAUCUCUGUUGGACUUCCUGUUGGAUGCUACGGAUAAAAAUCCAGAAUUGACUAUUGAGAGUAUCUGUGAAGAGAUCGAAUUUAUUCUUGGCGCUGCAUACGAAACAACUGCACUAACCGUCUGCUGGUCAUUAUACUUAUUAAGUCAACACGAAGACUUUCAAAGAAAAGUUCAGGAAGAGUUGGACGCCAUAUUUGAAAAUGACAUCGAUCGAUUUAUUACAAAUGAAGAUUUACACGAGAUGAAGUAUUUGGAAUGUGUAAUAAAGGAGACUAUGAGGCUUUACCCAACUGUUCCUGUGUUUUCUAGGAAAAUCAAAAAAUCUAUAAGAUUGGGAGAUAAAGAAUUUUCGAAAGACUGGAUAUUCGUUGUUUCAAUUUUUAAUCUUCAUCGCAAUCCAAAUAUCUUCAAAAAUCCAAAUGUUUUCGAUCCUGACAGAUUUCUUCCCGAAAACUUAUCCAAACGCCCACCUUACGCUUACAUCCCAUUUUCGGCAGGACCCAGGAUGUGUCUGGGGAAUCGCUCGGCCAUGAUUAAAAUUAAACUGAUUCUGGCAACUAUCUUAAGAAAGAUGAAGAUAGGAUGCGUGGAAAAAUCGACCCAACUUAAGUUUCGAAUUAGUCUUAAUCCUAGUCGAUCACUCCAACUCGAAUUUAAAUCGAGAAAACCGUAG